GAGCCGGCGGCGUGUCGGCAGCCCGGCAGCGAGCGGGAGAGCACUCAACCGUAGUAAGGAGGCGAUGCAGGAUACUCAGAACAAGACUCUGUUGAACCUGAAGAUAUGCCUUUGGAAAGCACUGAAAUGACACAGGAUCAGCUGCUGAACUAUCAGUUGAUGUUUCCCAUAGGCCAGGACAAAUCCAUCCCCUGGAAUGCCAUCACAGCAUAUGAAAACAUGAAAGCAAAGAGAAUAUCUGAACUCAAGAAAUGGAAAGAGCAGGGACCUUGUCAGAAGGAGCUCUACAGAGCCCUGUAUAAAUUGGCAAAGGCUCAGCAGAGAAGCGGAGGGGAGAUUCACAAAUUCUACUUGCCCAACUGCAACAAGAAUGGAUUUUACCACAGCAAACAGUGUGAAACUUCGCUGGAUGGAGAGUCUGCUGGAUGCUGGUGUGUCUAUCCAAAUAAUGGAAGAAGAAUUUCUGGAUCUCCAGAAAUGAAAGGAGACCCCGAAUGCCAACAGUAUCUCAAUUCACAAGAAUAAAACUGAACACAUUCAUUCACACCAAAUUUUCUGUGGGGCCUAGGCUAGUCAGGAGCCAUUUCAGUCAGAAGCCAUUUCAGUAAGGUAGUUUUGUGCACCUAAUUUUUAGCAUAUGAGUAAUCCCAUAAAGUAGCUUUUUUACUGCAGUGGAAUUACUCAGAUCCUCGAGUGACAGAUACGAGCAUCUGCAAGAUCAAGUCCUACAACCUUGUAUAUUUUGUUUGUAUAUUAUAGAUACCUUCAUAUGUAAAGCUGUUGAAUUAUUUAUUUCACAGUACAUGUAUUUUUGUCUGUGUGUGUUCUUACUAAUUUAUAUCCUCAGACACUUCAUAACUUUUUAUGUAUAUACUUAAUACUUUAUAUGUAUAUACUUAAUAUUAUUGCCCUCAAAAUAUAUGCAUCUUAUGUUGGAGGAAUGUUGCUACUUAAAACUCUAUUGGGAAAAAUGGCUUGUAUACUUGCAUUUUUGUACUAUGUAUUUAUAGAUGUAAAAUUGAAUUUUAAAAAAUAGCUUUCGGUAGAGAACAUGCUUAGAAACUUAUUUAAAACCUGUUUUGUUUAUGUAUCAUGUUGCUUUUGCAACUCCGUUUCAGUGUCAAGCUGUUUCUUAAAAAAGAAAGUCUAAACCUUGAUUAUAUACUGAAGCUCCUGAUGGGACAGUAUUUGUUUCUAUUUUCCAAACAUAUGCACUGGAUAAAUAGCAAAACACAACAGGAUAUUCUAUGCCACCUUUGACAGGUGUAAGUUGUUCACAUGUUGACAUUGUCCUGUUAUUUAAGAUGAGCUAUUAAAUAAUGUCUUCUACACUGUC